AUGAGCUCAAUUAAAAUUGAGAGGGUUGGACGUACCAAGACACGCCCUUUAGACAACAUUCGGGUAGAGUGGGCGGGGAAAAGCUGCCCGGCAGCUUUCGAUUGGCUGCGCCCGGGCGUGUAUCCGUUCGGGCCGUGCUCUGACGUCAAAAAGGCGCGGCAAAUGAAUCACGUGGAGCCAGAAGUUGAGGGCGUAUUGAUUUGGAAGAAGGGAAACAUGUGCGAGGUGACCGCAGCAAAUUUUCAAUUGCUGUAUCCUCAGAUCAAGGAGGAGAUUGGAAACUGUGACUUUGUAGCGAUCGACACCGAAUUGACAGGUUUGCAUUCCUUCGGCUCCCCAACUGCACAACUGAGUUUGUUUGAUAACCCGCAGGAACGCUACGAUAAGCUGAGACCCAGCGUGACACGGUUCACGGUGUCACAGAUUGGUCUCUCUUUGUUUACCCAGCAGUCGGAUUCAGCCAAUGGGGUUGAUGUCCUCUGCUACAACUUCUACCUGUUCCCACCCAGCUUCGGGCCCUUGGAUUCGGAGUUUACCUUCCAGGCUUCCAGCUGCUCCUUCCUUGCCAAGUUCGGCUUUGACUUCAAGAAGUUUUUCAGGGAGGGCAUCCCGUAUCUGAACGAGGAACAGGAAUCGAGACUUCAAGGCCUUCUCGCUGCCGGAUCCUGGACCCUGAGCAACUCCACACUGAAGGAUCUGCUGAAGGUGUUGAUAGCUGAUGUUUCGGAAUGGGUUGUCCAGGCUCAAGAGGGAGAUUCACUUACUCUGUCCAGCAUUCCCGGUCUCCAGAUUUUUGAGGUGCAGCUGGUGUUGAGGAGAGGCCUGGCCAAUAUCUGGACCGAGGUGAAUGAUCAGAGCGAGGUUGUUGUUCACAAGGUCAGUUAUUCCAGACGGACACAGUUGGAGAACUCGGUCAGAGAUGGUUGCCGUGUGGAUCUGGUGCUGGAGGCUGUGCUGGGUUUUACCCGAGUCUUCCGUGACCUGGUCAAAUCCAACAAGUCCGAGCUAACACUUGAGGAACCAGAGGGCAAUGCUGAUUUGUCCAGUGUUAUCAAAGAGACGCUGCCCAGUCUGACUGGGUAUGAUGCACUUGGCUUGUUCAUUAAGGCUCAAGAGGAGAAGUGA